GCGGGCCGCAGCGGCGUGGCGAGAGGCGGCGGGGGACGCGGCGGCGGCGCUCCGGGCGCCCAGCGGAAAAAAUUCAAAAAUGUUUCAGAUUCCUGUGGAAAAUCUUGACAACAUCAGGAAGGUACGAAAAAAGGUGAAAGGCAUUCUUGUGGAUAUCGGGCUUGACAGCUGCAAGGAGUUGCUGAAGGACCUUAAAGGCUUUGAUCCAGGAGAGAAGUACUUUUUUAACACAUCAUGGGGAGAUAUUUCUCUUUGGGAACCUUCUGGAAAGAAAGUGAGAUACCGCACGAAGCCGUACUGUUGCAGCCUCUGUAAGUACUCCACGAAAGCGCUCGCCUCGUUCAGGACUCACUUACACCGGUGCCACGAGGAUGACAUCGACCAGGAGCUGGUGAUCCCCUGCCCAAACUGCGUGUUCUCUUCUCAACCCAAAACCGUGGGACGGCACUUCAGAAUGUUCCAUGCGCCUGUUCGGAAAGUCCAGAACUACACAGUGAAUAUUUUAGGGGAAACGAAAUCUUCGAGGAGUGAUGUGAUAAGUUUUACAUGUUUAAAGUGUAACUUUUCGAACACCUUGUACUACAGCAUGAAGAAGCACGUGCUGGUGGCUCAUUUCCACUACUUAAUUAGCUCCUACUUCGGCCUGCGGACUGAGGAAACGGGCGAGCAGCCGAAAGCGGAGGACGGCCUUUCUGCCGAGAAGGUGCCCCCGUCCGACAAGUAUUACUGUAAAAAGUGCAGUGCCAAGGCCAGCAGCCAGGACGCUUUGAUGUAUCAUAUCUUGACAGCGGACGCGCACAGGGAUUUGGAGAAUAAGCUGAGAUCUGUGAUUUCCGAACAUAUUAAGAAGCCUGGACUUUUGAAGCAAAUGCACAUCGCUCCAAAACCAGUGGCCCCUUUGGCUGUGCCGCCAAACGGCAGUGCUCCGGGCCUCGCGGCCACAUCCCCUUGUUUCCGUCUCACCUUGCCUCAGAGCAGCCAGAGCCAGACCGUGGUCCAGCCCGUGCAGGGCCCGGUCCCGCCAGUGACGGUGGCCGCGGGCACUUCUGCAAGCCUCACCCAUUCCCCGCCCGCCGCGGCUCAGUCCCACGUGACUCUGGUCUCCAGUCCUCUGCCUCCCUCCGCUCCGCAGCCUGUCUUUCUUUCUCGUGGAGUCCCGCUUACUCAGUCAGCAAACCCUCCUGUGUUGCCCUUGAGUCAGCCAGUGGGACCUAUAAAUAAGCCUGUUGGAACUGGCGUCCUCCCCAUAAACCAGACCAUCCGCCCUGGGGCUUUACCCCUUAGCCAGCCUGUUGGGCCUGGAGUUCUUUCCGUCAACAGGCCUGCCGGGCCUGGCGUCCUUCCUGUCAAUCCGUCGGUCACCCCCGGGGUUCUCCAGGCAGUGUCACCAGGAGUGAUUUCCGUGAGCCGGACGGUCCCAUCGGGGGUCCUUCCUGCAGGCCAGAUGACCCCUGCUGGAGUGAUCCCUUCGGGACAGACGGCCACUUCUGGGGUUCUUCCUGCUGGCCAGGUGGUCCAGUCAGGGGUUCUCCCCAUUGGCCAGACGGCCCCCUCGGGGGUUCUCCCCACUGGGCUGACGGUCCCGUCACGGGUUCUCCCUCCCGGCCAGACGGUCCCGCUGAGGGUGCUGCCUGCGGGCCAGGUGGUCCCACCUGGGCUCCUUUCUCCCAACCAGACAGUCUCGUCAGGUGUUUUGCCUGUGAGCCCGGGUGUCAAUUCUGGGGUUCUUCAGCUCAGUCAGCCUGUUGUGUCAGGUGUGCUCCCUGUGGGCCAGCCGGUGAGACCUGGGGUCCUACAGCUUAACCAGUCUGUGAGCACCAGCAUCCUGCCUGCAAAUCAGCCGGUGAGACCGGGCGCUUCUCAGAACACCACGUUCCUCACGUCGGGCUCUAUUCUCAGACAGCUCAUUCCUACAGGGAAGCAGGUGAAUGGGAUUCCCACGUACACGCUUGCCCCCGUGUCUGUCACUUUGCCCGUGCCUCCGGGAGGCGUUGCCACUGUCCCCCCGCCCCAGGUGCCCAUCCCGCUCCUGCAGUCGGGCACGGCUGCCCAGAUGGCCAGCUCCAUGGCCAGCAUGCCGUCUCCGGUGGUGGUCAGCGCCGCCCAGAGUAUGUUCGUUCAGGCCUCUCCGUCGGCGGCAGAAGCGAGCCAGGCACUCAAACAGGCGAAGCAGUGGAAAACCUGUCCGGUUUGCAACGAGCUCUUCCCUUCCAACGUCUACCAGGUUCACAUGGAGGUGGCUCACAAGCACAGCGAGUCCAAGGCUGCUGAGAAACUGGAGCCCGAAAAACUGGCCGCGUGUGCCCCGUUUUUAAAGUGGAUGAGAGAGAAGACAGUCCGGUGUCUCUCUUGUAAAUGCUUGGUGUCCGAGGAAGAGCUCAUCCAUCACCUGCUAAUGCACGGCCUGGGCUGCUUAUUCUGUCCCUGCACUUUCCAUGACAUCAGAGGCCUUUCCGAGCACAGUCGGACUGUGCACCGAGGGAAGAAGAAGCUACCUGUGGACUAUAGCAACAGAGGUUUCCAGUUGGAUCUCGACGCUAACGGCAACCUGAUGUUCCCCCAUCUUGAUUUCAUUACCAUAUUGCCGAAGGAAGAGCUUGGGGAGCGGGAGGUCUACUUGGCCGUGCUGGCUGGGAUACACUCCAAGUCCCUCGUGCCCGUGUAUAUAAAAGUGAGGCCCCAGACGGAGGCUGCCUCUGGGAGCCCCGGCAAACAAGCACUGACUUGUCCCUUUUGCUUUGGCACCUUGGUGACGACCGAGGCGUAUGAAUUGCAUUUGAAGGAGAGGCACCACAUCACACCGACGGUCCACACCAUCCUGAAGUCUCCGGCUUUCAAGUGCAUCCACUGCUGUGGGGUCUACACCGGCAACAUGACCCUGGCCGCCAUCGCCAUCCACCUGCUGCGCUGCCGGAGCGCCCCAAAGGACAGCAGCUCGGACCUACAGGUCCAGCCCAGCUUCAUCGAGAACAGCCAAGUGCUCUUAGUCAACGGCGAGGUGGUCCACGACUCCAGUUUCUCCGUGAAGAGAAAGCUGCCCGACGGCCACUCUGGGGCGGAAGAGCAGAGGGGGGCGGAGGAGCGACCUCUCAUCGUCAGCAGCGACGCGGCCCCGGCCCCCGAGAAGGUGGCGAGUGCGGUGCCUUUGAAAAGACAAAGGAGUGAGGUGAGGACAGAGGGGCCGCUCGUUAGUGAAGACGCGCUUCAGAUUUUAGCUUUAAACCCUAAGAAAUACGAAGACCGUUCAUAUGAAGAAAAAAAGCAGUUUCUUAGAGACUAUUUCCACAAGAGACCAUAUCCUAGUAAAAAGGAAAUCGAACUUCUUUCUUCACUCUUGUGGGUGUGGAAAAUCGACGUGGCUUCAUUUUUUGGAAAAAGAAGAUACAUUUGCAUGAAAGCAAUAAAAAAUCACAAGCCUUCUGUACUUUUAGGCUUUGAUAUGUCUGAACUUAAAAAUGUUAAACACAGGUUGAACUUUGAGUAUGAGCCACAAAACCUGUAAAAAAACAAGUUAGGCUAUCUAAAGUACUAGGUAAUUAGUGGUUUUUCUCAAUCGAGAUUUAAAAUGUUAUUUUCUUCACUGUAUGUCAAACUAAUCAACUUCAGUGGUCUUCAUGCUGCUCUGUAGAUUUAUUUCAGGUGCUCGGAAAGACUUCUACGUAAGAGAAGCCGAUAGUUCUUUCAGAUUUAUUGUUUCCUGCAGGUUGAUUUUGUAACAAGUAUUUUUAGUUCUUCCCCGUCAUGUAAAUUAAAUCCUUGGAUAGUUCAUGCA